CUUCCCUUCUUCUCGUCUCUCUCUUUUCCCUCUCUAUCUUCCUUCAUCACUAAAAGCUCUCCUCCCUCCUUCACUCCAUACCCAUCUAUCUAAAUGGGAGAAGGACGGAAAGGAGGCGGCGAUGGUGGAAGCAUUCGCGGUGGCGAACGUGGGAGCCGGUCUCUCUUUGGGGAGGCCAGCAGUCUUCCCCGGCCAUCCAAGUUCUCCUCCCUCGUGCACUCCGAUCCCCUCAUCAAGUCAACGAGCGAGGAGGACUUCUCGACGCGCGCCAGCUCCGCCUCCGCCGCCAGCCCCGGGUACCACUCCGACCGCAGCAGCAGCACCACCAACCCCGGCCCCACGUCCUCCGCCGAUAGCUCACCCUUCCACACCUCCCCUUGGUCCCACCAUCAUCCCUCCUCCUCCCCCUGGUCCUCCACCAACCCCUUCUCUUCCAGUACUGACGACCAAGCCGACUCCGCCCCCGCCACCGACCUCUUCCCCCCGGGCACCGGCCUCGUCGGCUCCCUGGUCCGCGAGGAAGGCCACAUCUACUCCCUCGCUGCCGUCGAAGACCUCCUCUACACCGGCUCCGACAGCAAGAACAUAAGAGUCUGGAAGAACCAGAAGGAAUUUUCUGGCUUCAAGUCAACCAGCGGCCUCGUCAAAGCCAUCGUCAUCUCCGCCGACCGCCGCAUUUUCACCGGCCACCAGGACGGAAAGAUUCGCGUAUGGAAGGUCUCGCCCAAGGAUCCUCGCGUCCACAAGCGCGCCGGGACGCUCCCCCGGCUGAAGGACUUCCUCAAGAGCUCCAUCAACCCGAGCAACUACGUUGAGGCCCGGCGGCGCAACCACCGGUCGGCGGUGUGGAUCCGGCACUCCGACGCCGUUUCCUGCCUGACGUUAAGCGAGGACCAGAGCUUGCUGUACUCCGGCUCGUGGGACAGGACGCUGAAGGUGUGGCGGCUGGCCGACUCCCGGUGCAUCGAGUCGGUCAACGCCCACGACGACGCGGUCAACGCGGUGGUGGCGAUGGCGGGGCUGGUGCUGACGGGGUCGGCGGACGGGACGGUUAAGGCGUGGCGGCGGGAGGGGGGGAAGAAGGCGGGUGUGACGCGGCACGUGGCGGAGCAGACGCUGGUGCGGCUGGAGGUGGCGGUGACGGCGCUGGCGGUCAACGCCGGGGCGGGGUGGGUGUACGCGGGGUCGUCGGACGGAGUGGUCAACUACUGGGAGAAAGUGAACAGCGGCGGCGGGUUGACCCACGGUGGGGUGUUGCAGGGGCACAAGGUGGCGGUGCUGUGCCUGGCGGCGGCGGGGAGUUUGGUGUUCAGUGGGUCGGCGGACAAGACGAUCUGCGUGUGGGGCAGGGAGUGUGGUGGGGGCCACGCGUGCUUCUCGGUGCUGACGGGGCACGCGGGGCCCGUGAAGUGCCUGGCGGUGGAGGCGGACCCCACGGAGGGUGGGGCCCGGAGAUGGGUGGUGUACAGCGGGAGCCUCGACAAAUCCGUCAAGGUGUGGAAGGUGGCGGACCCCGGGAUCGGGCAGCAGCCGCAGCAGGAGGAGAAGGAGUCGGACGCGUCGUCGUCCUACAGCCACGGGGCCCGGACACGUUUCGAUAUGUUUUAAGGGCAAAAGCAAAAGAAAGAAGAAAAUGUUGGUGCGAGAGCCGUGUAGCUUCUCCAUUUUGUAUUUUUGUGAAACGGAUAGGAUACGUUAUUUAGUGCUAACCUAGAACGUAUUGAAAUUGUACACGAGACCAGAGACACUUGCACCAACGCAUGAGGAUAAUGUUUUUAUUGUUUUUGAUAAUUAAUACCGUCAGAUGUCUCUAAUGAACUCACACUAAGAGUGACCAUGGGAAGGAUUCUAAUAAGGGCCCUAAUGAAGAUGAAUUGUAUUAUAACAUUGUUCUCAAUGAUGCAUAUGUUUUUUCCA